AUUUCAGGACACAUCCUGUCUAAUGCUGAAGCGCUCAAGCUUCCGCUCACGCCGCUUACCUCGGAUGCGUCACGGUCAAACGAACCACUACAAUUGCAAAGGCGCCGAAGGCCAGUCCCUUGGCCGCCUGAGUUUCACUGUGAAGCUUCUGCAUACCGCCGCUAUGAACGACCUGUGGAUCUGCAGGUUGUGCCGUCAUGGAACCUAGAACCACAGAAAAUCCUAGAUGAGCGCCAGAGGCCGGUUCUUCCUCGCCCAUCGGAAUAGACCUUCGUCCAAGCACAUGCGUCCAGCUCGCAUGCUCCUUCGAUUGAGCGUGGAUUGGGCUCCCGCCCCGAUUGACCGGACAAGAGACAGGGGCACCACCGAAAGGAAUUGCGGUGUGUGUAAUAACGUCUAGUAUUUUUGACUUUUCGCUUUCACUACUGGCUUAUUUACCCUAACACCUAAACCAUCUAAAGCUUAUCUGGCACUCUCGUUGGCCAUUUUCUCUCUGCCGACAUUUGAAUGGCCAGCAAUAUCAACGUUGGAGAAUAUCAACCAGAUCGCUUCCGGCGUGACCGCCCGCUCUGGCCUGCCGCGAAUUCAACGAGCGCCGAUCUCUCGUGAUCUGCAUGCGCUUGAGCCACGUGUUGAACUGAGCCUGCCAAUCCCGAGAAGAAGCAGACCCAUGAUCCGAAUGGUAGCUUCAGACGAUGAGUUUGUGUGUGCAGAUUAUAAAGGCGCAGCCACGCCUGGAGCGAAACCCUCGUCGCCCACCAUGUUCACCUUUCUUGCAGACAGCCCAGAGUACGAGCACCGCAAGCGGACCCCCUUCUCUCCUCCUGCGGUGACGCUCGCACAAGUCCGUGCUGCGGUUCCGAAGCAUCUGUAUCAGAGGAACACACUCAAAGGAUGUCUAUAUGUGCUGCGGGACGUCUCGAUCGCAGUCGCGAUCUUCAGGUUCGGCUGGGCGAUCGACGCGCGGAUCAUCCCGUUCCUGUGGCAUCUGGGUGUGCCGUGGACUGUGGCCUGUGCCACCAAAUGGCUGCUUUGGACUUGCUACUGGUAUGCUCAGGGAAUCGUGCUCGCAGGCUGGUGGUGUAUCGCACACGAGGCGGGCCAUGGCAAUCUCUCUGAUAUAAAAUGGAUCAAUCACAUCGUCGGGUUUGUUCUGCACAGUUUUCUUCUGACCCCGUUCUAUGCGUGGCGCGCGUCGCACAACGCCCAUCACCGAGCAACCAUGUCUCUGGAGCGCGACGAGAACUACAUCCCUCGAACUCGCCAGGGAUACCAUCUGCCUGAUGAAUCUGUCGCAACGCUGGAUGACUACCAUGACAUCUUUGACGACACGCCGAUAUACACUCUCGCGCGCAUGCUCUUCAUGCAAGUCGUUGGCUGGCCUAUGUAUCUGCUCACCAAUGUCAUGGGGUCGCCAAGACAUCCGCCUGGAACCAACCACUUUAAUCCCUGGUCGUCGAUCUUCAACCCACGGGAAAGAAAUCAUAUCAUUGCUUCAGAUAUUGGCCUUGGCAUAAUGACCUGUUUGCUCUAUGUUUGGUCCCAGCGCGUUGGUCUGUCCUAUUUCACCAAGCUUUACCUGAUACCAUAUCUCUCUGUGAACCACUGGAUUGUGAUGCUCACCUACCUGCAUCACUGCGACCCCACUGUACCGUACUUCCGACGACGCCAGUGGUCCUUUCUACGCGGGGCACUUUCGACUGUCGACCGCCCGUUCCUCGGCUGGGCUGGCCGGUUCUUCCUGCACAAUGUUUCUCAUGACCAUAUCUCUCACCAUCUCUUUUCAAACAUACCCUUUUACAAUCAGCCACUUGUCACGGAACACAUCAAGAAAGUUCUACAGGGCAGUUACAAUUAUGACUCGACGAACUCGUUCCGUGCGCUGUAUCGCACAUUUACCGAGUGCUGCUUCAUCGAAGACGACGGCGACAUCGUGUUUUACCGCAACAAACACGGCCAAAUCGCACGCAGUCUGGCUGAUGGGGCGUUGGAUCAUCCAACGCAUUGAGCAGUGCAUCGAUCGGCGCGAUCUUCCAGGAUGCCGCCACUGAUAUAUCGACGCUGGGAGGGUACAGCGCCAACGAUGCCAUGGCGAGGUAGGUGUGAUAAGGGUCUGAUUGAGGGAGGCAUGUCAGCCAUUGCCAGUAAACAUCCAAAACGAAUGAAUCCAACCUGGGGUCUCCCCCGGAAAUUUGCAUAUGCCACCAAACUUGAAUUGACAGCUGGCGAUGAAUGAUGCGUGUGAUUCGGCAUCGACCAGGUCUGAUGCUCCUAGAAGCUGCAGAUGGCAUGGGGCGUAAGUCUCGGGAGCAGUCCUUGCAGAGCCUGAAUGAACCUUCAAUCCUGCCCCGCACCAGAAACUAUAGCAUGCGUCGGCUGUUUUGCCUGUGCGCCCUCGGAAGCCCCCGCUGUCCUCUUGAUUGUGGACGAGCCAGUGGAUGCUCCGGUGGCGCUCUGACGACGUCAACGGGGAUCCGGUGUCUCGAGUAGCUAGAUGGAGAGAUGCCAGUGCUAUGUAUGUCGGCCCGCCUGCGUAUGGCCGCAAUCAACUGCUGUAUAUAGAGCUCUAGCAGCGCGCACGAACCCGAAGCUUCACAGAAAGGAUCCUGACCAUAACCGCCUUCGUAUGUCUGCAAGCCAGUCACACUACGUGAGGACAGGCAUCCAGAAUCGGGAACUACGCUGCCUCACCCUGCAUCGGGAGAUGUACUCCAGACUGCGCGCGACGUCAAUUCCGCUCCAAUCGCCGAGCAUGUCACAAAUGGCAAAGGCACAGUACAGGCUUCGCAGGUCACAUUCGUUGCUGCCGGGUGUAAUUGCGAAACUGCCAUCCGCCCUUUGGCACGAGCGGACGAACGUGACCAGGCCGGGCCUAUCCAAUUGCGCGAAAUCGUCGCGAAGUAUCGCGAGCGUCAGGAUGGCAGUAUAGGACAUCACGAGAUGCGGUCCGUUGUGCGCGUCGUAAGGUUCCUAUCAACGUCUGUUCGACAGCACGUCCUGGCUUGGCAGCUCGGGAGGGCUUGCUUACAGCUUGCGCGGCAUACGGAGUGACGAACGGACUGGGCCGGAAUCCGGAUCCAACUGGUCCGUCUUGGCCGAGACUUCAGAUCGCAGCGGGCAUUGGGUAAGAGAAUGGAUCGCACGAAUCUGCUGUUCCCAUAUCCACUCCUUCCACAACCUACGGUCAGUCGGUGUCGUUUUUUUCUCCAACAGACCCAGGAGAUCGAGCGCCCCGAUGCAGUAAAAACCUACGGCCAUACUGCAUUUCAAUGAGAUGUGGUUAGUCCUGGAAAAAGAGGGGUACAUGCCGGGAUGCAUCGUACUCGACAUGCGAGCCUGGAAGGCCGGUGAGGCAGCGGUUGACGUGCCCUGCGUGGAAUGCUUUGGAGAGUUCCGGCAGCAAUUUCGACAUAUGUGUGGGAAAGCGAUCAAAAUGAAUCCUUCGAGUAAAAGAGACUGGAGACAGGCAAGCGAUCGCGCUCAAUCGUGGUUGUCAAAAUGAAGCAGUG